AUGGGCGGCAUCAGCAGAGACGGCGGCAAGGCCAAGCCCCUCAAGGCACCAAAGAAGGGCCCCAAGGAGCUCGAUGAGGAGGACAAGGCCUUUCUCGAGAAGAAGCGUGCCUACGAGAAGGAGAAGAAGGAACUCGCUGCCAAGGCCGGCGGCAAGAAGGGCCCUUUGAACACUGGCGCUCAGGGCAUCAAGAAGUCGGGCAAGAAAUAG